AUGACCGUCUCGCCAACCAAGAUUUUGUUGAAGAAUGGCGUGCUUCUUAUCCAUGGAGAGGAUGGCAGAGUAAAACCUCAGCGGUCGGAUAUAUUCAUCGAGGGAGACACGAUUUCACAAAUCAGCCCAAAUGUCAGGACAGCCGGCGAGGAUGUCAAAGUCUUUGACUGCGAGGGCAAGAUCGUGUCUCCAGGCUUUAUAAGCACACAUCAUCAUGUAUGGCAAACCGCGCUGAAAGGUCGCCAUGUCGACCACACUGUACUUGAGUACUUGCCACGAGGAAACUUCAUUGGGUCAUUAUUCUCUACCGAAGACGCAUUUUGGGGUGAACUUGGUGGCGCACUUGAAGCUAUCGAUGGCGGGACCACGACCAUUGUGGACCACUCCAGUCUGAAUGUUGGCCCAGAAUUCCCCCCUACGUUGAUUCAGGCGCUUAUAGCCUCCGGGCUUCGUUCUGUCUACUGCUACUGCGUUCCUAGAACGACCAGCUGGAGCCCGUUCUCUACAGCAGAUGACUAUACAUCUUCACAUGUUCUCGAAGAAUGGAAAUCGCUAGUGACAAAGGGCCCGUACGGAGACGGGCGAGUGCAAAUUGGUUUCGCAGUGGACAACUUGUAUCAGUCGCCCGACCAAAUGAAGUUCCUUUACUCGGAGCUUCGCGCUGCAAAGGCUAAGGUUAUAACAUCACACGGUGCUGCCGGUCUAGCUUUCGGCAAUGGUCCUUCUGCUCUCCAGAUCCUGAACAACCACAACCUGCUUGGCUCAGAUAUACUCAUCUCUCACGCCAACUUCCCAAAGGAUGGCGACGCAGAGCUUGUCAAGAAGCACAACGUCUACAUCUCUGCAACUCCCAACACAGAGCUUCAGAUGGGAUGCCCGCCAGUCGCCCUUCACCCAGAGUUUGAAGCAAACUCCAGCCUCGGGGUUGACUGCCACAGUUGUGGCAGCAGCUUCAUGCCCAAUCAGAUGCGACUUGGCUUGCAGUAUGCCCGACUCGAACGACAAGAGAAUCUUCGGAGACAGGGCAAGUGGAGCCGGCAUGUCGGUCCGUCAGCUGAGCAAGCCUUCAAUCUCGCUACAAUUGGCGGCGCAAAGGCAAUUGGCAUGGAGGGUGAGGUUGGCCAGAUCCGCGUUGGAGCAAAGGCAGACCUAGUAGUCUUCAGCACCGACAGCCCCGCCAUGCUUCCUGCUGCUGAAGAAGAUCCCAUUGCAGCGGUGGUUCUGCAUUCGAGUGAGAGAGACGUGGAAACUGUCAUCGUUGGAGGCGUCAUUCGGAAGGAGAAUGGAAAGUUGCUACCUGUGUCAUUUACCGGUCAAGUUGAGGGGGCGAGUGACCUCGGUCUUCACGGGAAAAGCAUUACGUGGAAGGAUGUUGCGGUGAAUUUGAUUCAGAGCCGGAGUAGAUUGAACAAGAAGGCAGAAGGCAUCGACAUGACGGUGGUGGAAGAGACGAUUAUCGACAAUUUCUACAUGAACCGGAAGGAUAUGCUUGAGCAGUCAUGA